AUGGGCCAUCAGCUCUUGCUCUGUUCGAGUAUUCCUCACCAAAACUAUAUCCAGACUGUCUCCACGCUCCGAGCUUUGACCGGUGUUCUCAAUCCCCAGGAUAUCUCCACCUACACUCUCUUAACCAAACCACAUAAUGUGUUCAAGCCCAAGUUUGAACCAGGUAAGGUCAACCAGAUUGAACAGUUCUACAUGAAAUGUACAACGAUUUGGGCAGAUUCUGCAUCUGAAAAGUUGGACUUGGCAGUGCCAAUCUUGAAAGAUGGCCCCGAUGUCUUGGUCAAUAGACUCUUCAAUGGAGAGACCGUUAAGUAUUGGACACUCCAGAUCUCCGACAUUCCAAACGCAGGAAAGAACCCCGUUCUGGCCCAUAACUUUCAUGAAAGUACGCUAGUACACCAUCAUACACAGAGACCCGUGAAGGAGGAAAAUGUUCAGGCUAAUGGAGAAGUUGAAAACUCAGCUAAAGAGUCCAACAAGGAGGACGAUCUUAUGGAGAUUGACGGCUCAGAAGCUGUCAAGGACGAAAAUAUUGAUGUAAAUAUCGAACAGAAAGUCCCAGACAACGCUGAAGUUGCUACCAAAGACUCUUUUCUACAGUUCAUUGAGGAUCUUGGCUACGAUAUGGUAAACCAAUAUUGGCUCAAAGGAAUCCGUUUUUUCCACGGAGAUAUUGUCAUUGAGAUCUUCAAGUUAUUUAUAAGAGAUGACGAUGGCCAGAUCAUUGAUGGGAAACUCAAGUUAUCGCUUUUAGAUGAGUCAAACACUUUCCAAGUCAAGGCAUACAUAAAUUUCCCCAAGGGUGCUAGUGUGGAUCUUAUCAAUCAGGGAACCAAGGAUUUGACCAAAUUCAAAGAGUCACUCAAGAACCUUUUUGAGCUAGAGGUUCCGGACCGUAUGUACAUGGAUUCAAGAGUGGCCCGAGUGCAAUAG